GAGGGAAAUGAAUACAUCUUUAGAGUGCGUGCUGAAAAUAAAUUGGGUACUGGUCCACCCACUGAAACCAAACCAAUUGUUGCUAAAACAAAAUACAAUAGGCCUGGACCUCCUGAGCCUCCAGAGGUCACCAAAGUAAGUAAAGAAGAAAUGACAGUUGUCUGGAACCCACCAGAAUAUGAUGGUGGCAAGUCUAUCACUGGAUAUAUUCUAGAAAAGAAAGAAAAGAGAUCAAUGAGAUGGGUUGCUGUAACUAAGAGUGCCAUCCCAGAAAGACGUCUGAAAGUCACAAAUCUUAUCCCAGGACAUGAAUACCAAUUCCGCGUGAAAGCAGAAAAUGAAAUUGGUCUGGGAGAUCCAAGUGGACCAUCAAGACCUGUAGUUGCAAAAGACCCAAUAGAACCUCCUGGCCCUCCAACAAAUCUAAAGGUCGCCGAUAGUACCAAGACCUCCAUUACUCUGGGAUGGGGAAAACCUGUGUAUGAUGGUGGUGCUCCAGUCAUUGGAUAUGUUGUAGAAAUGAGGCCUAAAACUGAAGUUAAGGACAAGGAUCCAGAAGCUGGAUGGAAGAGACUGAAUGUUGCAGCUCAGUUGAUCCACACACAGUUUACUGCCACCAGCCUUGAUGAAAAGCAAGAAUAUGAGUUUAGAGUUUCUGCACAGAACCAAAUUGGCAUUGGAAGGCCUGCUGAACUUAAAGAGGCUGUGUCACCUAAAGAAAUACUUGAAUCUCCUGAAAUUGAA